AUGUCGGUGUGCAAUAUGUUGAUGGCACUCAAAGCGGUAGGCGCUGAAACAAAAACCCCUGAAUUAACAAAAUUGUGCGAGGAACUUCAGGAAUCAAUAAAUUCCAACACUUUUGAUAUUAAAAAUGCUGUCACACAGCUAUCAGAAUACAUUCUCAAAAUCGAUGAUGCAAAACUAUUCAAGAAAUACUUAUCUAGUAUACUUCUUGCGUUGGUGUCUGCGAAGAUACCACUAAAACCCGUAUUUUCUAACACCAAUUACGAAACAUGUAGUGACUCGGAAAAGAACUGUCACUUAGAAUAUUCAAUAAUACUAGCUGCGUUGAGUGAUCAUCCUGACAUUCUACAAUAUGCAUUAAAAUACUUUGAAGUAAAUCCUGUAGCACCAUUCGAAGUAUUUUGCCACCAUGAAGACUCUUACAAUGUGGCUCCCAAGAAGCGAAGAUUACUUGACUGCGGACAAAAAAUUGCUGAAAAGCAAGUCAUAAUAUGCUGCUAUACAUUGCUUAAGAAAUUACCAAAUGAAAUGUCCGUAAAAUGGGACUGGACAAAGUUUAUUGGGACGUACGGUAACCAUGGACGGGCGGAUGUGCGAUGGAUGAUACGGGAAUGCAUGGCAAUCCUAGCCAACAUGACAGACACACAGCAAAUGGUAUUUUCCGUUAAAAUGUUAGUACAAGAAUAUGAGUGUCAUGAAAUAUUAGAAAAAGGUAUAAUGGACCCCGUUCAUACAAUGGAUGAAAUAGUGAAAGAUGAUCUAAGCCCCAAUGUGGUUAAUAUCGAUGGCAUACUGUUACCUAUAUUUGAAAAGGAUAAUGUCCAGAAAGGCAAUCUGGUUCCGGUGAAAUCUACAGUCAAUAAUCUCAGGAGUUUAGCUUUGGCUGUUGCUUCAGGACAAGCCCUAAGUCUUAUGGGCCCGGUAGGAUCGGGAAAGACUUCCCUCGUAGAACAUUUGGCUGCUAUCACAGGCCGCAAGGGUGUGGCCUUCAAGAAGGUGCAGCUCGGAGACCAGACGGACUCCCGUAUGUUAUUAGGAUCACACCAAUGUACUGACAUUCCUGGAGAAUUUGUGUGGAGACCUGGCGUUUUGACUGAGGCCGUACAAAAUGGGCACUGGCUCCUCUUAGAGGACAUAGACUGCGCAGCAUUAGAUGUAGCGUCGACCCUCAGUUCCCUUCUAGAAAGAAACGCACUAUGCGUACCUGGCUAUCGAGAUUCUUUGCCAGUAACACCAGGGUUUCAACUUCGUCACACAACGGUAAGAUGGCAAACUAAUCCCUACAGUUAUAGGUUUAAAGUUUAUUCAUUAUUUUAUCACAUGUCUUUUGUUUUAGAACUUUGA